AUGUGUGCUCAACGAACAACAUCUAGUGACAGUACUUCAAAACAUGGUCUUAUACUUCUUGGAAAUUCGGGUGUAGGCAAAUCAUUUUUGGGAAAUGUUAUUCUAGGUCGAGAUGUUUUCGAACAUGAAUGUUCUUCAGGAAGUGUGACCCAUGAAACAGAAUUUGAAGAUUAUGCUGUUGGUAAUGCAUCAUAUGCUGUUUUUAAUAUUCCAGGUCUUAUCGAAGCUGAUCAAGAAGCUGUUGAUAGAAACAAAACAGAAAUUUACAAAGCUUUUCAACAACGACCUAACUCUGUCGUUGCUUAUGUUUUUACAGGUGGUUCGGGUGGUCGUAUUCGGGAUGAAGAUGUUGUCGGUUUCAAGGCCAUAAGUGCUGCAUACAAUUUUCAACCUGAUUCAUUGCUUUUGAUUGUUAAUGAUUUGCCUCUUAAUCGUUCACCUAAAUAUGAAGGUGAAACAGCCAUCAAGUUAGAAGGUCUUGUGAAUAUUCCAAGUGCUCGCAUCUGUUUUUUGGAUCGAAUCACUAAGACAGAACUACGCAGUAGUGAACGCGUUGGAUCAGCUAAUUCAAAUGCGAGCGAAAAGAAGCAUGUAGUAGAUAAAUUAGAAAAGAAGCUUCUCGGAGCGAAAAACAUGUUAAAGCAGUAUAGUGCCUCGAUCGAAAAGCGGGCUCCAUCAUUGGGAAAAUUUUUACAUCCAUCACAAAAGCAGACUGAACGAGAAAAAAUGCGCCAAAAAUUAAUUGAAGCAAUAAUUCAAUGUACACCUCAGGUUCACGAGAAACAUGCUGAGAUCCAGUUGACUGUUGAUGAACUGAAAAGUCUUACGGAAGAAUCUAAGAAAGCGCAACAAAAGAUGGAGCAAGAACUUCUUAAACGACAAGCCGAUAUUGCUGCGCAGCAAAGAAAAUUCGAUGACAUGAAACGCCAAUUAGAGGAACAACCACGUGAAAUACAUUAUUAUCAUAAGAAAAUCAUUGAAGGUCUGGUGGAUGCUGUUAGUGAUGAUUUUGAGAUCUGUGUUAUUUCUUAA